CAUACAAACUCCUAAUCAAAGUCGAUGACAAACCUCUAUAAAUAGACCCUUGAGGCUUCUGGCUUCAACCAUCAAUCCAUUACUAGAUUGUGUAGUGCUUUUCUUGAGAUUUCUUGCAGGCUCACUGAAAAUGGACUCUGUUGCAAGUGAAUCAAAGUACGGAUGUUUGCUGUUUGAUAUGGAUGAUACCUUGUAUCCAUUAAGCGUGGGGCUCAACUUAGAAUGCAGAAAAAACAUACAAGAUUACAUGCUGCAUCAUCUACACAUUGAAGAAAACCAGGUUCCAAAGAUGUGUCUGGACUUGUACAAAGAAUACGGAACAACGAUGGCUGGCCUUAAGGUGUUGGGUUAUGAAUUUGAUAAUGAUGAAUUCCAUGCUUAUGUUCAUGGAAAAUUGCCAUAUGAAAAUCUGAAACCUGAUUUAGUAUUGAGGAAUCUACUGCUUUCAAUGCCGCAGCGAAAAAUAAUAUUUACAAAUGCUGACAGGGAACAUGCUGCAAAAGUUCUUAAUAAGCUGGGAUUAGAAGACUGUUUUGAAGGUGUCAUCUGCUUUGAGACACUUAAUCCAUCAGUUGUGCCUGGAAAUACUGAUGAACAAAUUGAUUCAACUGAUUCAAAUGCUCAAGAAUAUUCCAAUGGCAAAUCACCCAUUAUUUGUAAACCCUCUCUGGAAGCCAUGCAAGCUGCCAUUAAGAUUGCAAACAUUGAUCCAAAGAAAACGAUCUUCUUCGAUGACAGUGCUCGGAACAUAGCUUCAGGAAAGGAAGCAGGCCUCAAUACAGUAUAUGUUGGGAGCUCAACACUUGUGCCAGGGGCAGAUAUUGCACUGAGUAGCAUUCACAACAUCAAGGAAGCAUUGCCGGAGAUUUGGGAAGGUCAAGAUCAAUCAGAUGCUCUGCUUACAUCCACUAGAAUGGAAACAGUAGUCCAUGCUUGAACUCCAACCAAUGAUCUUCAUAAAAAAUGAAGAUGAAAAACUAAAUGAUAAAUUAAUGAAACUAUAGCCAAUGUAUUAUAACCAAUUAAUAAGCUUUUGUUACCCAAUUACAUGUAUCCUCAAUGAUCAAAUGCUUGUUUGGCAGUGAUUUCGAUCAAAAUCUAAAGUUUCAGGUAUAUGUGUUGUGAUA